AGUGGUGAUUGUGAACGCAGCCUGGAUUACGCUGCGCGUGUCGCGGGAAAUGAUAAAUCCGUUUGAAAUACUACAAGUACACUAGUGCAACAGAUGAUAGGACUGCAAUGGAAAGGUUCUUGAUUCCGGGACAGAAGAAACGCUCCUGUACCAGUGAUGCUCUCACAAGAAGUCCAAGGAAGAAGAUUAAACUGGAGAAAGAUGAGAGGAUGAAGGAAGAGAAGGAUGAAGUAGAUGAAGAUUCAGCUUUAGCAGAGUUCUCUCAUCCUGUUCCCUGGCAAAAAAUAGAGGCAGAGGGACUAGACUGUGAUUAUGCCUUACUCUUCGCCAAAGAAGAAGCAGACCAACUUUUUAAACAGUUGGAGAAUGAGGUGGUGUACUCAACAGGAGAAGAAGCAAAGGUCCAGGUGUUUGGAAAGGUGUACAGUAUACCAAGAAAGCAGGCGACAUACGGAGAUGCAGGUCUAACCUACACUUAUUCUGGGGUGACACGUUCAGCCUGCCCAUGGACUCCAACCUUGGAAUCCAUUCGAGAUGCUGUCACAAAAACCACAGGACAGACGUUCAACUUUGUCUUGGUCAACAGGUACAAAGAUGGGCAGGAUCACAUGGGUGAGCAUCGUGAUGAUGAAAAGGAGCUAGAUCCCCUCUGUCCCAUCGCUUCUGUCUCUCUGGGAGCAGCACGAGACUUCAUCUUCAGGCACAGAGACGCUCGGGGAAAACAUAGCUGCAGACAGAUUGAACCUGUGAAACUGGAACUCGCUCAUGGGAGCCUGCUCCUCAUGAACCCACCGACCAACACUUUUUGGUACCACAGCCUUCCUGUGCGCAAGAAAGUCCUACUGCCUCGCAUCAACCUCACUUUUAGACGCAUUGUACUGGCCAGCAAGAAAUGAGAGGAAGCCACGGCCAAGCAUGGAUUAUCCACAGGGGUAAAAAGUCCCUGAGCACAUGGACAAGUAUCACAAAUCUAGAAUGUGUUUCUUAAUGUAGCAGCUGGAUCUGAGUGACUAAAUGGCAGAACAGGGUGAAAUAAGUGAGGACCAACAACUCUAGAGAAUGAAUCAGUGGUUUAACAUGACAUAGGCCCAAAGCUCUGACUGACUCAGCUCUUACUUGAUCAGGUUAUGUUCUGUAUGGCAGCUCACGUGAACAAUAAAAUAAACUGUUAUGAACAAUUUGAUCUUCUUGAAUAAAAAUUACAGGCUCUCAA